UUGAGUUGAUUAGUUUGAUAGGAAAGCUGAAUGUUGAGAUUGAUGAUGUUGUCUUAGAAGAAGCUCCGGGAAAUGCAAAAUAUACGUCUCACUUGAUCCAAAAGGAUAUUUUGCAUAUCCUAUCCACAAAAGUGAGAAACAAAAUUCGUGAGGAAGUUGGGAAUGCAAGGUUUUGUAUUUUGGUUGAUGAAGCAAAGGAUGCAUCGAAUAGAGAACAAAUGGCGAUUGUUCUGAGAUUUGUGGAUAUUCACGGAUACUUGCAAGAACGAUUUUUUUGAGAUUGUGCAUGUUGAAGAUACUUGUGCUUUAACUCUAAAGAAUCAAAUAUCGCAAGUUGUCACUCGACACAAUUUGCGCAUCCGAGAUUUACGAGGUCAGGGAUAUGAUGAUGCCAGCAACAUGCAUGGUGCAUGGAACGGAUUACAAGCUUUAUUUCGCAGUGACUGCGAGUAUGCAUACUAUGUUCAUUGUUUUGCUCAUUGUCUACAACUUGCUUUAGUUGCAGUUGUCGAGAAAGAGAUUUUAGUUUGGCUAUUAUUUUCAAAAUUGACUUGCAUUGUCAAUCUUGUUAGCACUUCUCCUAAACGGCAUACCGAGUUACGAUCUAGCCAAGCUUCUGAGAUUGAAUGUGACAUAGCUAGUGGUGAACGUGAGACCAGUAAAGGGGCUAAUCAUAUUGGUACUUUGCAUAAAGUUGGCACUACUCGAUAGAGCUCACAUUUUGACUCCAUUUGUAGUUUGAUAGAUAUGUAUGGUGCAACUAUUAUUGUGCUUCGAUCUUUGGUUAAAGAAGGAGCUACAAAUAAAAUUUGUGGGGAAGCUGGUGGUUGUUUAAUGUUGAUGAAGUCCUUUGAUUUUAUAUUCAUAUUGCAUCUUAUGCACAAGAUUAUGGGGAUUUCAGAUAUGCUUUGUCGAACUUUGCAGCAAAAAUCUUUGGAUAUUUUGAAUGCAGUGAAUUUGGUCUCAACGACAAAAGAAUUACUUCGAACACUGCGAGAAGAAGGUUUUGAUCAUCUCCUUGGGCAUAUGAAAUCAAUUUGCUUGAAGUUUGAUAUCGAUAUACCUGAUAUGAGCACUCGGUACAAAAGAGUUAUAGGACGUUAUUGCCAACAGAAUGAUGAUAUCACAGUUGAGCAUCACUAUUGCAUUGACAUCUUCAAAGCUAUGGUUGAUUAUAUAUUGGAUGAGUCACGUAUUAGAUUCAAUGAAGAAUCAAUGGAACUACUUAUGCUCAGCUCUGCUUUAGAUCCUAGGGACAACUUCAAAGCUUUUGAUCCUGAUCGCAUUCUUUUACUUGUCGAGAAGUUUUAUCCAACUGACUUUAGCGGACAAGACUAUAUCUUUUGAAAUGUCAGUUAGAUCAUUAUCGACUUGAUGUGGUUUGCCACGAGAAGUUUCAGAAUAUGUCAACAAUUUCAUAAUUGUGUCAUGGGUUAGUAGAAACAAACAAGGCAGGGUCUUAUAAUUUAAUCGACAGGUUGAUUCGUCUCAUUUUGACUCUUCCUGUUUCUACAGCAACUAUAGAACAUGCAUUUUUAGUUAUGAAAUUCAUCAAAAGUGAUCUUUGUAACAAGAUGGAAAAUGAGUAUUUGAACGAUUCAUUGGUUGUCUUCAUUGAAAGAGAAAUAGCAGAAACUAUCGAUACAAAUUCAAUAAUAUAUACCUUUGCUUCUUCGAAGGAUCAAAGAGUCAUAUUUUUCUAGUAAGUGUCAUUUUGCUAGUAUUUGAGCUGGUAGUUAAUUAUUAUAGUGUCUCCCUGCACAUUUUUAAUAGCAUGCUCUUAUUUUUACAUCUUGAAACAUGUCCCUUGCAGGUUAUUGAUCUUGCAAGUGUCUCACAAGAACUUGCCUAUCUUGCAAGUGAUGUAGAUCUAGUUAUCUUGGUUGGUUCUUGUCUUCUGGAUUAGCUUGCUCUGGAAUUCUUUUUAUGACAUGAAUUUGAGGGUUCUUGGUUGGUUCAUGUCUUGUGGAUUGUCUUGUGCUAUUGAGUGAUAGAUGCUGCUAAUUCUUCACUUCAUUUGUGUGUUCUAUUUGGGUUCUAAAGUUUAUCAAGUUCAUCAUGUGUCUAUUCUCUUAAGGUUAUAAGGUACAACUUGAGAGUAUUUGAGUUCUCGGCUUGUGUUGGCUGUAGACAAACACGAGGCUAGCUCUAAAUGAGGUUUUUAUUUUGUUGUACACUACAACUUUUAGAGUUUCAAUUUGUUAUAUAUUAAUACAUUAGUGGCUUAUCAAAAAAAAAAGAUAUAGUUUAGGCUAUAUUACUGGAGCCGUAUGUGAAUCCUCGCCGCCACUUUUAAGUUCAGCCUAGGGUAAAUCAAAAUCCUGGUUCCGCCACUGCAUAGACCCUUGUCUCAUAUUUGAUAUUUCUCUCACCACUUCAAAUACACUGAUAGCAUUGACUACAGAAUAUCUACUUUUGAGAUCCAGUCAUAGUUCCCUUGUUGUUUUCCAUGUGAAAACACUCUGCAGUAUGUUUGCAGAAAUUGAAUUGAUCAGCCAUGUUUUAAUAAGGCUAUUUCAUUGCUUCCACAGUGGAAAGUUGAAAUCUAAUUCAUCUGGCCUUAUGAGUGUGCCAUCUGUAAAGCCAAAUUUGUUUCUGCCUUCAAGGGCAUUGAGAAAUGCUGAACUCCACAGAUGAAAGUCUGAGUGAUUUAAUUCCAAAGUAAUUAACUUACUUAUGGAAAAGUCAUUUGGAAAUAAAUGAUAGGGGUUUUGAAAAGAAUGUUGACUAAAAUUGGGAUUUGUAAUUGUGUUUUGCAGGUAAACUGGUUGGGUAGAAGCCAUGGAAGGUUGAGACAUGCUGUAAAUGGGAUUAGCCAUGUUGUUGGAGAAUGUUUGUGCAUCUCUCAACAUUGUAGGUGCUUCAGUAACAAUGACUGAUGCAUCUUCCAUUGGAGGCAGAGGAGGAUUCACAUGCGGCCCCAAAGGAGGAGGAGGAGCAUCCAUGUAAACUUGCUACCAUGAUAUAAGUUGAACUUCAAGCUUGUUGUAGAUUCUUAGUAAUGAAGAAAGAGGAUACAUCAAUAGAAGAGAACUAAAGAAGAAGAAGAGAUGCACAAUGAAUUAGUUUUCAUUGCUUAAGGAGACAAAUGCUCCUGUGUACAAUAUAUAUCUGAAACCAUUCAAACGGUCACAAGGAUGUGACUCAAGAAUAAAAGAAAUAAUAUAAGUUUGAAAAAGAAACUAAAUGUUGUGUUUAAACAUAAAAACAAUGGACCAUAAAGGCCACAAUGCCACAAAGCCCAACCAAAAUAAUCAGGCCUAGGAUACAGGCCCAAAGUAAUAAACAGAGAAGGUUAGGGCUGGACUUCUGGGAAGAAACAUCACGAUAAACGCGCGAAGCUUCAACGGAGAAAGCCAUCAAACCACUGUGUUCAUCAAUCUUGUCCUCCUCAUGAACUUUUGUCAUCAAUCUUGUCUUCACCACAUCAAAUGGA